UUUAAUAGACGUGGCCCGUCUCUGCUAAAUAAUCUCUGGUUCCGCAUUCCAACACGCUAAGCGUUACUUAAACACGCUGAUGCAACGCGAAUCAUAUCACAAACGCACUGAACGGCCGAACAAUCACGAACUCGCCGCAGAAAACCACAAUGAUGCCCGGUCAUAUCCCUGAUCCAAUGGUACCAGCCGGUUCUCUGCCCAGUGUCGGCCCAUUCGCCGGCAUUCCCGCCACUACUCUCACAGACCAGCUCAAACUAGCAGAACUCUACAGACUAGGUGCAGUUUUGUCCCCUCUCAGCAUCCUGAACAGACACGCCAAGAGACCGCUUGGUGUCAUCAAGGGUGAGUCAGAUGACAAUGAAGAACGCAGGAAAAGAAGGCGAGAAAAAAAUAAAGUUGCAGCCGCUCGCUGUCGGAACCGAAGGAAAGAAAAAACAGACUUUCUACAGAAGGAGUCAGAACGGCUGGAGAUGUUGAACUCGGCGCUGAAAUCUCAAAUUGAGAAUCUGAAAUCAGAGAGACAGCAACUCGUUGUGAUGCUUAACCUCCAUAGGCCCACCUGCAUCGUCCGAACCGACAGCGUGAAAACCCCAGAGGGAGACGAACAUGUCGUGGAUCAUCUCACAGAUCAGUUUGACUGAAACAAGAGCGAGAGAGACAAGCAAACAUGCCAAAAACAGAACCACAGUUGUCUACAUUAUGCGUCAGGACGGCAGUGUGCAGCAGAUGCGAAUGACGGAGAAGAAACUGAAGAUGGAACUUGUUCUUGAGACCGCAGCAGGAUUAACAUUUUAUUGUCCAAAAAAAAAAAGUGAUAAUAGAAAUCUACAAAGGUCUGUGGUCGGAAAUGUAAUGUAAAAAUGACUCUUUCUAUGGCUAACCAUGGAAUUGUCCAUCAGUCUACAUGGCUACGUUCACACAGUCAUUGUUUGGGCUUGACAACAGUGACAUACUGUCUGUUUGAACGAAUAACCAAGUCAAGCCCUUUCUUUUCUUAUGGCUGUCAAUCCCAAACAUGAGCAGUGUAAACAAAGCCCUUGAGUAGAAAAGGGAACCGGUAAAGUCUGCUUAUCUGCUGUGUGGAUACAAAACAACCUUUCCCUGAGAGUAAUGAAAAGAGUUCUGGAUCUCUGCAAACACUGCCAUAAAACUUCCUGAUAGCAGGUGUGUCUGUACUGUUGAGAAACCAGUGUAGCAUCUUUCAGUUUUUAUUUGAUUGUAAAUAAGAUUUUACCUUGGUAUAGUACAUGAAUGCCAAAUUGUCACAUCAGCCACCAGAGGGCGCUGUCGGAUCUUGUUCACUGACUCUGGCGUCUCGUUUACAGUUGUUUGCAUUGAUACAGUACAUGUAAAUGUGUUAAUGAUAUGUUAAUGAUAUGUAAUCAUUUAUAUUGUGCUAUCAUAUGAUAUGGUAAGUUAUAUGUAUUUGUAUAUUCACAAUGCUUGUUGAACAGGCACUUUUGUUACUAAUGUUUCUUUGUUACAUGGGGCAUCAAAAUAAAACCUAUUUUUUAAA